CAACCGGGCCAUUCUGGCCUCCAUUCGAUCGCAACGAGAUCACUCGACCUAGCUAAAAGGCUCAAGAAUAGGAUAUCCUCCGUUCGUUCGGAUUCGAGAACGCGAAGAAUUCCAGUUGCAGCUCUUUCUAAGCUACAAUUAUUCAGUGGCAGCGACUCCUCAGAGACACUCGUGGCGUAUCACGAAGCAUAUGACACCUCUAACGAAGAUCUGCCAGGCGGCAUUUCUCAUUAUCACGACGACAACUUGCGCAGACCUCUACCAUUCGAACAGCCAAGGACGAGCUUUCUAGGUAGGCUUCCAAAAGAGAUACGGGAGAUCAUAUAUCGAGAGCUAUGGCGUACAGCUGGCCUUGGUCAGCACAUUAUCUGGACUGAGGCCGGUUUUGGACAUUCCAGAUGUUUGCUUGAAAGACUCGAGUCCAACAUCAUCGAAGGUGAUGAUCCAGGGGAGUUCAACUGGAUGGGAUCUGAUGCUCGAGGGUCGGUAUCUCUAUGGUACAAGCGAGAGAUGUCAACGUGGUGUGAUCACUGGAAAUGUGAAGAAGCAAAAGAUGAAAGAGAAAUAUGGCGAGACAUUGCGCGGCGCCAAACUAGUUGUGGUAUCUCAGUCAGCAACUCGUCGCCGUAUCUGCCCAUGAUGCUAACGUGUAAGACUUUAUACUCUGAAUGUUCCUCGUCAAUCUACAGGUCUACAGUAUUCACCAUCACCGACAUCAAUCUGGCACGGAACCUCUUCGGCGUUCGAUGGAAGACGUCCAGCAUUCACCCACUCCGGCGCGUCAACUUCUCAUUUCGACGCCAGGCAGACCAAGGGAGCACCUUUGAGCAAUGGGUAGAAUCAUGGAGUGCGAUCCUGAGGCUCCUCGACACGCCCCAGUUGAUGACGGUCAAUCUCUGGCUGGACAGCGAUAUCUACUACGAGCGAUACUGGUUGUCCGUGACCGGCAAC